CGUUUGAAUUUUGAACUCCCGAAUCCCGAAGAGGCGUGUGCUAUUCGGCUCCUCGUGUCUGGCGAGAAGCGUAGGCAGGCCACCUGCUCGACGCAAUGCGCCAGUCGCCGCCGCGCCUCCACGGCCGCCGAGCGGGCGAUGAGGGGGCGACCGACCGCCUCAGUGCGCUCCCCGACGCGCUCCUGCACCGCGUCCUGUCGCCACUCAAGGCGUGGGAAGUGGUGCGCACCUGCGUGCUCGCACGGCGGUGGCGCCACCUCUGGGCAUCCGCGCCCUGCGUAGACCUCCGCCCCAGCCGCGACGACGACGCGCCCGAGGAGUUCCCCCGCUUCGUGCGCCGCCUCCUCCGCGGCCGCGACGCGUCGGCGGCCGUGGACAUGCUCCGCCUGCGGUCGAGCGACGCCGACGGCGCCUUCGACGAGAACGACGCCAGGUCGUGGAUCCGUGCCGCGAUCAAGCGCAAGGCUCGACUCGUUCAUCUGAUCGGGCAUCGCGACGGCCUCUCGGCGCUGGACCACGCGGACUUCGCCUCCAGGCACCUCAAGAUCUUGAAGCUGUCCUACGCCCUACUUGACGACAACAUCCUCACGCAUCUUUCUUCUCGGUGCCCGUCUUUAGAAGAAAUGGAUCUCAAGGAUUGCUUGAUUUCGGGCAAUGAGAUUUCGUCCUCAUCGUUGAAGACCUUGGUAAUGGUCAAAUGCAAUAUGUUCUGGGGCCUCUCUAUCACUGCUCCGAAACUUACGCUGCUGCGCUGCAUUAAGCCAAUCGGCCAAGCCCCGUCUUUCAAGAACUUGGGGUCACUUGUUGCGGGCACCAUCGUACUUGAUGACUACUGUUUGAGUGAUGAUUUUGAGGACUUCAGCAAGGACGAAUUAGAUGAAACCACUGAUGAUGAUGAAUCAGAUGAUACCAGAGAUGACAAGGUUGGUUAUCACAAGAACAGGAAGCGCAAGAUGAAACCUAUGGUUAUGUCUGAUGAUGAUGAACUGGAUAGUGAUACUGAUGAUGAUGAUGAUGAAGUUGAUGAAACCAGUGAUGAUGACAGCGGUGAUGGUAAGAAAAGGAAGCGCAAGGCUGGAGCUGGAUAUGGAUUUGGUUUGCCUCAGAAAAGACAUAGGCCUGGUGGUUACAAGGAUGCUAAUGAUUAUGGCAGUGAUAUUGAAAGCGAUGAUAACACUGUUGAAUAUAGUGACAUUGCAAAUGACUGUGAUGAGUCUGGGUAUGAUGGUGUUGGCCAGAGUUCGGGGAAAGAUGGUAGCGGUAAGGUCUAUGGUGAAAAUUCUGGACACAGUGACAGUAAAGUUUUAGGUGGUCAUAAUGUUCUUCACAGCCUUUCAAAUGCUAAAAGUUUGGAGCUGCUAGCUGAUGCUGGAGGUUUAGCCACCAUCACCCUUUUUUAUGUGAUUCUGACUAGAGAACUGAAAAGUUGCCCAAGCUUUAGCAACCUGAAGACCUUGUCCCUUGGUGAGUGGUGUAUGGCUGCUGACUUUGAUGCAUUAGUCUUCUUUCUGCAGCAUUCACCUAAUUUGGAGAGGCUUUUUCUUGAACUUAAACUGAACUUCAAUCUCAGGAAGCCAUUGGAAAUUGGUGUCAAACCUAAGGGAAGAUCUUUUGCUUGCAAACAUCUUCAAAUGGUGAAGAUCAAAUGCUCUAAGGAUGAUGCAAGAAUCCAUAAGCUGGCAUUUUUGUUCAGAGCAAAUAGUGUACCAGUGGAGAAGAUUUUUGUCCGUCGAACUGGAAGUACAUAUCUUCGUGGCAAGAAGAUGAUGAAGGAUCUUGCUAGGCAUGAACAUGUAAGAUGGAUUGCUCACGUGUGUUUACCCUAUGUUGGAACGUUCUUAUCUUCUCUGGGGAGUUAAGACACAUAAUGCCUUCAGUUAACUUUGCUUUCAAUCAUUAACAACUAAAUCUGCUAUUUUCUUGGGUGUUUCAAUGCUUCAGUCUCUCUUUCUUACAGAAUCCUGUGGUUGUCACAAUGACCAUGUUUGUUGCUGAGUUUCCAUGCUUAUUUAAGUUAAGAAAUUAUGUAAUUUUCCUGCCCUGAUGAUGUAGGACAAUAACCUUU